AUGAGCUACAUGCAGGAUUUCUUUGGGUGUCCAGAUCUACCAGAGAAACAAAUUUGGAGUGAAACAGUCAAACAUACCAAGGAACUAUGGGUCACCUCUCAAUCUAGCACCCAGAAAGAAUAUGAGAGAAAACAACAACUGUAUGGCAUCAAGGAUAGGAUCAAUUCCUAA